UGAGACCUGACAACACUCAGAGACUCAGUACUCUCCACUCUCUCUGUACAAAGAGUGCAAACGGUGUUUUAUCUCUAGCCUCCAUAAGGGACCACAGCAAGGAGAACAGCCAUGCUAGGAGGCACCUACACUGGGUUGGUGGCUACAGCAGCCCUCCUCUGCCUGCUUCAGGCAGGAACCAACGCAAGCAUUGAAGGUGACAGCUCAUCAGUUACCAGGACAGAUGCAGGGACCUGUACUGUCCACAGCAACCCCCACUACAGCACCUUUGACGGGGCCAACUUCCGCUUCGUGGGACCCUGUACCUACGUCCUGACCCGGGUGUGCGCGCCCUCUGAGACACCCCUGCCCCACUUCAGUGUUGAGGUGAAGAAUGAGCUGAGAGGGAACUCCUCCGUGUCUGCUGUUCAGCAGGUCAUGGUGGAAGUGGAGAACCUCAGGGUCUCCCUGCACAAGAGACAAAACCACCGGGUCAUGGUCAAUGGCAUUUGGAGGAAACUCCCUCUGAGCCUCAAUGGUGGCACUGUCAACAUCCUAGGCAACGCUGCUUCCGUCGCUGUGGAGACAAACUUCAACCUUUUUGUAUCGUACGACGACGCCGGUGCUGUCCAUAUCACCGUUCCCGUAUCGUACUCCGGUAAAGUCUGUGGCAUGUGUGGGAACUUCAACCACCUGAGAGACGAUGAUUACCACACACCUGGCAGUUCCGAGGCCGAAGACUCUGCCACAUUCGGACAGAACUGGCAGAGCGAGGCCUGUGACUUGACCGUCCUCCCCCUUGAGUGUCAACCAACUGAGGAGGCGGAGUAUGCCAGCGAGCAAUACUGUGGGUCCCUGGUCUCCAGGCAUGGGCCUUUCUCUGGCUGCCAGUCUGUUCUGGGAGCAGAGACCUACUUCCGGAGCUGUGUGGCAGAGAUGUGUGGAGCGGAUGGUGACCCAGAGGUGCUGUGUGAAGCCCUGCAUUCCUACUCAGAUAUGUGUCUCAAGGCCGGGGUGCUCAUACCAGCCUGGAGGACCUCGACUAUGUGUCCCCUGGAGUGUGGUGCGAACAGCCACUACAAUGCCUGUGCUAAGGGCUGCCCUGAGGUCUGCUCCAGCAUGGAUAUUCAAGGGGCGUGUGGGUGGUGUGAGGAGAGGUGUGUGUGUGACCCAGGCUUCAAGCUCAGCGGGGGGAGUUGUGUACCUGCAGAGGACUGCGGCUGCUGGAUAAAGGGAGAACACUAUGAAAGAGGAGAGACGUUCAUGGAAGGUGAGUGUAAUCGUGUGUGCCAGUGUAUGGGUGGGGACAGACUCCAGUGUGCUGCUUCCUCCUGCGCGGCCGACGAGGUGUGCAAGGUCAAGGAGGGGGUCAACGGUUGCUUCCUCUCCAGCCCGGCCACCUGCCACGUCUACGGAGACCCCCACUACAUCACCUUCGACGGCAAGGCAUACACCUUCCAGGGGGGCUGCAGCUAUACCUUGGCCAAGACUUGCGGUGGGGACACACCCGUCCAGUUCUCAGUGACGGGCCAGAACUGGAACCCCAGAAACGAGAGCAGUGCCAAGCUGGGCGCAGUGGUUCUGGAGACAAGCGGUCUGCAUGUGAAGAUGCAAAACUACAGUGCCACAGUGAACCAUGUUUGGCAGCAUCUUCCAGUUACAGUAAAUGGCACAUACGGCGAGGUGAAGCUGUACAAGAAGAAGCAGUACACUGUCAUGGAGACGACUUUUGGCCUUCGGAUGCUGCUGGACGACCAGAGCAGGCUUUUCCUGCAGCUGGACGAGCGCUACAAGGGUGAGAUGUGCGGCCUUUGUGGUACCUACUCCGAUGACCAGGGGGAUGACUUCCUGACCCCUAACGGCACCAAACCCGAGACCAACGUGGUCACGUUCGCCAACAGCUGGAGAGUGAAUAGUCCGGAAGACGAUCGAUGUGUUGCCUCCCCCCCUGCCCCCCAACCAUGUGACUCUCAUUUCAACGAACAGGGCUACCGGGAGUGUUCCAAACUGCUGCGCGAAGCCUUCAAGCCCUGCCACCCCUUCGUCCACCCCACACCCUACAUCGACAGCUGUAUGUCCGACCACUGUGCCUCCGGCGGGAACAUGCAUGUGACAUGUGACUCCCUGAGGUCCUAUGUGACCACCUGCGAAGUGGCCAAUGUGACCCUGCCUCCCUGGUGGAACAACACCGCCUGUGAUAGUCUCCCUGGCCCUCCCACAAUACCACCAGUUACUACACCUGACAAGGAACUUUGUCCUCUAGACUGCAACUUUGACAAGAGCGAGUGUGGGUGGGAGCAGAUUAUUCAGGACAGUUUUGAUUGGAGGAGACUGAGAGGCCCAACCCCAUCUGACCUCACAGGGCCAACCCAAGACCAUACCACAGGAGGUGGCUCCUACAUGUACAUUGAGGGUGACGGUGUUUACCACGGAGACUCUGCCCGUAUGAUGAGCCCUAAGUGCCAAAACGGGCCGGGCAAAUACUGCCUGCGCUUCUGGUACCACAUGUACGGACAGGCCACAGCCAUGGCUCUCAAUGUCUACCAGCUUGACCAGCACAACAGAAACAAAAAACUGUGGUCCAAAGCCAACAACCAGGGCUCCACAUGGUAUCCGGCAGAAGUGGAUAUUAUAAUCGAUGGGUCAUUCAAGAUCAUCAUGGAGGGAAUACGAGGCUCUGACCCUCGGUCUGAUGUGGCAUUUGAUGACGUCUCCAUCCACUAUGAAUCAUGCUCAGGUUCUUCGAUUGGUGGUAUUAGUGGAGCUUCAGUUCCUUCCUCAGUUGAUGGAGGAGUUGCCCCACAUCCAGUCUGCAACCUUGAUUGCGCUUUCGAGCAGGACCUCUGCGGUUUUACCCAGCUAAUGACAGACGUUUUUGAUUGGACAAGGCACAGUGGCUCCACCCCCACUGCCAUGACUGGGCCAUCAGCUGACCACACAAAAGGAAGUCCAUUUGGUCACUACUUAUACAUCGAGGCCAACAGUGUGUCUAACGGAGACACGGCUCGCCUCCUCAGCUCUGAGUGUUCUGACCCCGGUCCUCAGUGUCUGCAGUUCUGGUACCACAUGUCUGGCUCGGCCGAGACCAUGGGUCUGCACGUCUACCUGCUCCAGGGCCGCUAUGUGGAAAGGGUGUGGGGGAAGAAGAACAACCAGGGAGACUCAUGGCAACGGGCUCAGGUGGAUCUGAUGACCACUGGACCUUUCCAGAUCAUCUUCGAGGGCCACAGAGGCACCACUGAUCAGUCCGACGUGACUAUAGAUGAUGUUUCUUUGCAUCGUGGGCGAUGUGCAGACUUGAUUAAGCCACCAACACCAACAGAGAAACCUGUUCUCCCUCCAGUGGACAAGUCCACCACUGCACCAGCUCCAACUACUACAAGACCUGAACCACCCACAACAACUAGGCUACAACCACCAAAAACUGCAAGACCAGAAACACCAAGAACAACAACUGCAAGACCAGAAACACCAAGACCAACAACUGCAAGAUCAGAAACACCAAGACCAACAACUGAAAGACCAGAAACACCAAGACCAACAACUGAAAGACCAGAAACACCUAGACCAACAACUGAUAGACCAGAAACACCAAGAACAACAACUGAUAGACCAGAAACACCAAGACCAACAACUGAUAGACCAGAAACACCAAGACCAACAACUGAAAGACCACAACCACCUAGACCAAGAACUGCAAGACCAGAAACACCAAGACCAACAACUGAAAGACCAGAAACACCAAGAACAACAACUGCAAGACCAGAAACACCAAGACCAACAACUGAAAGAUCACAACCACCUAGACCAACAACUGAAAGAUCCCAACCACCUAGACCAACAACUGAUAGACCAGAAACACCAAGACCAACAACUGAUAGACCAGAAACACCAAGACCAACAACUGAAAGACCACAACCACCUAGACCAACAACUGAUAGACCAGAAACACCAAGACCAACAACUGAAGGACCACAACCACCUAGACCAACAAAUGAAAGAUCACAACCACCUAGACCAACAACUGAAAGACCAGAAACACCAAGACCAACAACUGCAAGACCAGAAACACCAAGACCAACAACUGAAAUAUCACAACCACCUAGACCAACAACUGAAAGAUCACAACCACCUAGACCAAUAACUGAAAGAUCACAAGCACCUAGACCAACAACUGAAAGAUCACAACCACCUAGACCAACAACUGAAAGAUCACAACCACCUAGACCAACAACUGCAAGAUCACAACCACCUAGACCAACAACUGAAAGAUCACAACCACCUAGACCAACAGCUGAAAGAUCACAACCACCUAGACCAACAACUGAUAGACCAGAAACACCAAGACCAACAACUGAUAGACCAGAAACAUCAAAACCAACAACUGCUAGACCAGAAACACCAAGACCAACAACUGAAAGACCAGAAACACCAAGACCAACAACUGCAAGACCAGAAACACCAAGACCAACAACUGAUAGACCAGAAACACCAAGACCAACAAUUGAAAGACCAGAAACACCAAGACCAACAACUGAAAGAUCACAACCACCUAGACCAACAACUGAAAGAUCACAACCUCUAAGACCAACAACUGAAAGACCACGAAAACCUAGACCAACAACUGAAAGAUCACGACCACCUAGACCAACAACUGCAAGAUCACAACCACCUAGACCAACAACUGAAAGAUCACAACCACCUAGACCAACAGCUGAAAGAUCACAACCACCUAGACCAACAACUGCAAGAUCACAACCCCCUAGACCAACAACUGAUAGACCAGAAACACCAAGACCAACAACUGAUAGACCAGAAACAUCAAAACCAACAACUGCUAGACCAGAAACACCAGGACCAACAACUGAAAGACCAGAAACACCAAGACCAACAACUGCAAGACCAGAGACACCAAGACCAACAACUGCAAGACCAGAAACACCAAGACCAACAACUGAAAGACCAGAAACACCAAGACCAACAACUGAAAGAUCACAACCACCUAGACCAACAACUGAAAGAUCACAACCUCUAAGACCAACAACUGAAAGACCACGACAACCUAGACCAACAACUGAAAGACCAGAAACACCAAGACCAACAACUGAAAGAUCACAACCACCUAGACCAACACCUGAAAGACCACAACCACCAAUGCCAACAACUGAUAGAUCACAACCUCUAAGACCAACAACUGAAAGACUACGACCACCAAGACCAACAACUGAAAGACCAAGACCACCAAGACCAACAACUGAAAGACUACAACCACUAAGACCAACAACUGAAAGACUACGACCACCAAGACCAACAACUGAAAGACCAAGAACACCUAGACCAACAACAGAAAGACCACAAACCCUACAACCAACAACUGAAAGACCACGACCACCAAGACCAACAACUGAAAGACCAAGACCACCUAGACCAACAACAGAAAGACCACAAACCCUACAACCAACAACUGAAAGACCACGACCACCAAGACCAACAAAUGCAAGACCACAACCGCCCACCACAGCAAGACCAACGUCAUCUUGCCUAAAGAACAGCCAUUACAUCUCCUGCAUCUCCGCCUGCCAGCCCACCUGUAAGCACCUCCAUGGCCCUCCUGACUGCCAUGCUGACGAGCCCUGUGUACAGGGUUGUGUAUGUGACGACGGCUUUGUUCUCAAACAGAGGGUGUGUGUGCCCAUCCAGCAGUGUGGCUGUGUAGGCAGCAAUGGCAACAGUCAUAAUUUUAAAGAGAACUGGUACACUGAGCACUGCCAUCAAAAGUGUGAGUGUGAUGAAGGCGACGGUGUGGGGGAGAUUGACUGCGACGAUGAAAAUGGGUGUGAUGAGGAUUCUGUCUGUUUUCAGAAUGAAGCCGGACAGUAUUUCUGCAAGUCAACAGACUUCAGCGAGUGCUCUAUCAAUGGAGAGCCAGAGUACAGAACUUUUGACAACAUGAAGCAUGACUUUGACGGCAGAAAGUCCUACAUUCUGGUCCAGACCACAGGCCUGUCCAAGAACCAGCAAGAUGUCUACAUCGAGGCCAUCAUUGAGAUCGUCAACCAGGAUGGUGUGGACAGUCAUGGGGACAGUAGACAUGGUGACAGUCGUCAUGGUAACAGCAAGGAUGAGGAUGACCAGCAUAAAGACAGCAAGGAAAGGGACAGCAAUGAAGACAGCCAUGAUCACAGCAAAGAGAACGACAACCGUCUGCGAUUCAGAGGACUGAAGAUCAGAGUCUAUAACCACACAGUGGAGUUCAGAAACAACAGGAAACUUGUUCUGGACGGUAGGAGCACCCGUGCCCCUGUCUCACCAGCAGGUGGUCUGAGGAUUCUGGAGCGUUCCUCUCGUAUCUACCUGAAGACAGACUUCGGCCUCUCCGUGGAGUUUGAUGGAGACAGCAGAGCAGAGAUCAUCCUGCCCCACACCUACAAGAGGAGGGUGGGCGGCCUGUGUGGCAACUUUGACGGCAACAAGAAGAACGAUAUGAUGAAGCCCGACAAUAACCAGACCAAGAGCAUCAAGGAGUUCAGAGAGAGUUAGAGAGUGACAGAGGACAGACUGAGCAUAACAUGGAAAGGAUCAUCUUCCCUUCGUAACGUUGUCUAUGGCCAGUGACCUGACCUCCGUGCAUCAAGACCAUUGAUUGUGUAAUAUUCUUCUCAUAGGCAGACACUUUCCUUCCUACAAUGGACACAGCGUAUUUGAAAGUACUUGGGUUAAACAAAAAAAAGCGUGUGUUUUUGUGGACUGUAUGGAGAGGAGAUCAAUGAAGUAUUCUACUCCUUCUAUAUGACUUUUGGUUUAAAUCCUGUUGUUACUGUGUCUUAUGACCCACCUGUGUGCCUUCUGAGAUCUCUUUCAGUCUUACUGUAGGUUCUUUGCACAGUUCACCUAGUGUAUGAAUCAAUGUACACAAGUUACAUAUUUGUGUAUUACUUCUAAUGUGUACUAUAUAUUCAAAAGCCCACAUUCCUUUAGCUUUAGGCUGAUGUCCAAUAGUUCAGUGACUGUAAUGUGCAAUAUUACUGUACGAUAAUAGAAAACGAUGUAAACAAAGGAUGCAAGUGUUUUAGCUGAUGUUUUAUCCCACUGAAUGUAUGUUUUAUUUCUUGAAUGAUAUAUCUAGGAUUGAUAGGAAUUUUAUGACAUCUUAUAAAUAAUCCAAAAUGAUUCACACUGCACCGAUUCUGUAUGUGUUGAAAGCAGUAGGGAAGUCCAGUUUAAAGAAGGGACAACAAAGAAGCAAUGGUUGUAACUCACGUGGCUUGAAAAACUCGAAAAACUCUGGGCCCUGGUUAUGGUGUAUUAUUUAUUUCCUUAUAAAUCAGUCUGGUCA